GGACUUCGCUCCCGGGGGCCGUGAGGCUCCCCCCGAGCCGCCGGGGACAGCGGGGACAGCCCUCCCGCCGCCUUUGUGCGCGCUCGCCGCGGGGACCGCCCGCCCCGCGCCGCUCCCGCCGCGCCGGGCUCUGCCCGCUCCCGCCUGGGCGGGUGCCCGCCGCUCCUCCGGCCACCGGGGGUCCUGCCUCCGUCCCUCCCUUCCCGGGCAGGAUGGUGGACCUGGACAGCGAGGUGCCCCCGCUGCCCCCGCGGUACCGCUUUCGGGACUUGCUGCUGGGCGAUCAGGGCUGGCAGAGCGACGACAGGGUGCAAGUUGAAUUCUAUAUGAAUGAAAAUACAUUUAAAGAGAGACUAAAGCUCUUCUUCAUCAAAAACCAAAGAUCAAGUCUGAGAAUACGAUUAUUCAAUUUCUCUCUCAAGCUACUAAGUUGUUUGUUAUACAUAGUUCGUGUGCUCCUGGAUGAUCCUACACAAGGACUUGGAUGUAAGGAAUUAAAUCGGAGUUGUUCCACCAACCAAAACUACACACCUGGAACAAUUGAUUGGUCUCCCAUUAUUUGGGUGAACCGAAGCUUACCUUUAUGGGGAUUACAGGUGUCUGUGGCUGUAAUAAGUCUCUUUGAAACUCUACUGCUAAGUUAUCUGAGCUACAAGGGAAAUAUCUGGGAACAAAUUCUGAGAAUACCCUUUCUCCUGGAAAUAAUUAAUGCUGUCCCUUUCAUCAUCACGAUUUUCUGGCCAGUCCUAAGAAACCUGUUUAUUCCUGUAUUUUUAAACUGUUGGCUGGCAAAGCAUGCUUUAGAGAAUAUGAUUAAUGAUCUUCACCGAGCCAUCCAACGCACACAGUCCGCAAUGUUUAAUCAAGUCCUCAUUUUAAUAUCCACCUUAUUAUGUCUUAUCUUCACUUGUAUUUGUGGAAUUCAGCAUCUGGAACGAGCAGGAAACAGGUUGACUCUCUUUGACUCCCUUUAUUUCUGCAUAGUGACAUUUUCCACUGUGGGCUUUGGGGAUGUUACACCCAAGAUAUGGCCUUCAAAGCUGCUUGUUGUCAUUAUGAUCUGUGUUGCUCUUGUGGUGCUGCCCAUCCAGUUUGAACAGCUGGCAUAUUUAUGGAUGGAGAGACAAAAGUCCGGUGGAAACUACAGUCGAUAUAGAGCUCAGACAGAAAAACAUGUUGUGCUGUGUGUAAGCUCUCUGAAGAUUGACUUACUUAUGGAUUUCUUAAAUGAAUUCUAUGCUCACCCCAGAUUGCAGGACUAUUAUGUUGUUAUUUUGUGCCCUACCGAGAUGGAUGCUCAGGUGCGAAGGGUGUUACAAAUCCCAAUGUGGUCCCAAAGAGUUAUCUACCUGCAAGGCUCAGCACUAAAAGAUCAAGACCUGUUGAGAGCCAAAAUGGAUGAUGCUGAAGCUUGUUUCAUACUGAGCAGCCGCUGUGAGGUGGACAGGACAGCAGCUGAUCAUCAAACCAUUUUAAGAGCCUGGGCAGUUAAAGACUUUGCUCCAAAUUGUCCUUUGUAUGUCCAGAUAUUGAAACCUGAGAAUAAAUUCCACAUUAAGUUUGCAGAUCAUGUUGUGUGUGAAGAGGAAUUCAAAUAUGCUAUGCUAGCUCUAAAUUGUAUAUGCCCAGCUACUUCUACAUUAAUCACACUAUUGGUUCAUACAUCUAGGGGACAAACAGCUCCAUGGGAAGCUUUUAGACAACUAACUGGAACCAAGCAGACUUUAAACAGGGAGUGUCAGCAGUCACCAGAACAAUGGCAGAAAAUGUAUGGCAGAUGCUCUGGUAACGAAGUGUAUCACAUUAACCUGGAAGAAAGUACUUUUUUUGCUGAGUACGAGGGGAAGAGCUUCACAUAUGCUUCUUUCCAUGCACAUAAAAAGUUUGGAGUCUGUCUGAUUGGUGUUAGAAAGGAAGAUAACAAAAACAUUUUGCUGAAUCCAGGUCCUCGAUAUAUCAUGAGUUCUACAGAUAUAUGCUUUUAUAUAAAUAUCACCAAAGAAGAGAAUUCUGCUUUUAAGAAGCAAGAAAAGCAUAGAAAAAACCACGAAUCAAAAUUAUCUUACCAUGGAGCUUCCAGGCUACCAGUACACAGUAUAAUAGCCAGCAUGGGGACCGUGGCUAUCGAUCUACAAGACACAGGAUGCCGAGCGUCCAGCGGAGCUACGCUGGCCCUUCCUCCUGACGGAGGGAAGGAGGGCAGACGGCCCAGCAUAGCACCAGUUUUGGAGGUUGCAGACUCAUCCUCACUUCAGACGUGUGACCUGCUAAGUGACCAGUCAGAAGAUGAAACUACCCCAUCAGAUGAUGAAGUCUCUGCAGGCUUAGAGUAUGCCAAAGGCUAUCCUCCUUACUCUCCAUAUAUUGGAAGUUCUCCCACAUUUUGUCAUCUUCUGCAUGAAAAAGUACCCUUCUGUUGUCUAAGACUGGAUAAGGGAUGCCAACAUAACUACUAUGAAGAUGCCAAAGCCUAUGGAUUCAAAAAUAAAUUGAUUAUAGUUGCAGCAGAAACUGCUGGCAAUGGCUUAUAUAACUUUAUUGUUCCACUCAGAGCUUAUUACCGGCCAAAGAAAGAACUGAACCCCAUUGUGUUACUCCUGGAUAACCCGCCAGAUAUGCAUUUUCUGGAUGCAAUCUGUUGGUUUCCAAUGGUUUACUACAUGGUUGGCUCUAUCGACAACCUAGAUGACUUAUUAAGAUGUGGGGUCACCUUUGCAGCUAAUAUGGUGGUGGUGGACAAAGAAAGUACAAUGAGUGCUGAAGAAGACUACAUGGCAGAUGCCAAGACUAUUGUAAAUGUUCAAACACUCUUCAGGUUGUUCUCAAGCCUGAGCAUUAUCACAGAAUUAACUCACCCAGCCAACAUGAGAUUCAUGCAGUUCAGAGCCAAAGACUGCUAUUCUCUUGCUCUAUCCAAAUUAGAAAAGAAAGAGCGGGAAAAGGGAUCUAAUCUUGCAUUUAUGUUUCGACUGCCCUUUGCUGCUGGCAGGGUUUUCAGCAUCAGUAUGUUGGAUACAUUGCUUUAUCAGUCAUUUGUGAAAGAUUAUAUGAUUUCUAUUACAAGACUUCUGCUGGGACUUGAUACCACACCAGGAUCUGGGUUUCUUUGUUCUAUGAAAAUCACAGAAGAGGAUCUAUGGAUUAGGACAUAUGCCAGACUCUAUCAGAAACUUUGUUCUUCUACAGGAGACAUUCCAAUUGGAGUCUAUAGGACAGAAUCCCAAAAGCUUGCAACAUCCGAGUCCCGAGAAAUGGCUUCACAAUCUCAAAUCUCUAUCAGCGUGGAAGAAUGGGAAGACACGAAAGACACCAAAGAACAGUUUAGUUAUCGCGGUAACCAUCGGAACUCAACCUCCAGUGACCAGUCUGACCACCCCCUGCUCCGACGGAAGAGCAUGCAGUGGGCGCGGCGGCUGAGCAGGAGAGCACCCAGGCACUCGGGGAAAACAGCAGAGAAGAUCAACCAGCAGAGAAUGAACCUUUACAGGAGAUCAGAAAGACAGGAGCUUGCUGAGCUCGUGAAAAACAGAAUGAAGCAUCUGGGCCUUUCUCCAGCAGGAUACGAUGAAAUGAAUGAUCAUCAGAACACCCUUUCUUACAUCCUGAUCAAUCCUUCUCCAGAUACAAGAUUAGAGCUGAAUGAUAUAGUAUACUUGAUCCGACCUGAUCCAUUGACUUAUGUUCCAAAUGCUGCACCCAGCCGAAAAGACAGCUUCUGCAAUACAGUGGGACAAGACACCAGGGAGGAAACACAACUUUGAUUUGUAAUUCAUCACAAAAUUAAGAGACAAUUUUAUACACAUGUUGUUUCCACUAACCAUUUUGAAAACUGAGUGGUAUAUUUUAUUCAGAUUUUGGAAACAAAAUGACAGUGGGUAAGUGACCAAAUGUAGAAAUGUGGUGCCUAGAAACUCUUAAUUUCAGGGAUUGUCAGGCUUGUGGCCUGUUGAGUAUGAUAGUUGAACUUUGUCAGCCUAACAGAAUUAUGACACCUGUUUGCUAUUUAACCAAUAUGAACAAAUGUCAGAUUUCAUCAUAUGUUUUGCUUAGAUGCUUCUAAGCGUAUUUAUCAAGGUGACAGCAUGUCAGUGACUAAGCUUCUGAUCUACAUCAGAUUAUCUGAUGCCCAUAGAGAGACAAUGGAUAAUUUGUAGUAGAAAAUACAUUAAUACCUAAAGCUGCCAGCAAGGCUCUGCGUGUCAAGAAUUCAGUCUUUGAAAUAUUUUUCAAUCUCAGCCUGUCAUCUGUUUGUAUUAGAACAGGCUAGUUUAGGUCCCAUUUUAGCCUCCAGGACCUGAGCGUUAGUUCUUUGGGUUUACACAGAUCAGGUUGAAUGACAUAACCCAGUCGCUCCGCAGAGGUUGAGAUCUGAGACACAUCCACUGAAAGAGGAGCCCAGCUGGAGGAAAAUCCCUGUCAUCUCACACAGGCAGCCCCCCCAGACUUGCAAAAAACUGGGAAGGUACAAUCUGUGUGAAGCUGCAUACAGUGGUAGCUCAGGUGAAAUGUAAUCCUUUGAACCUUAGCGAGUUUGCCUAGAGAAGCCUGAAUAGAUAAUAAUACAAAAGUGAGAACAUCCCUCUAGGGAAUGAUUCCUACUGCAAGUCCUUUCCAUUUUCAUGAAUAUGCCAGAACUGAAACUGCCCAAAGCAUGUACAUGCCCAGUCAUCCAGAUUACCCAAAUGUGAUACAUUUUCAUAUGAAAUGAUGUAUCCCACUGAAAAUCAAAGAAAUUUUUAUCCCAUUCCAUAAAAUCAAUGUAAUUCCACAUUAUGUGAAAAAGCAUUAUGGAUUUAAAACCUCUGUUUUGGCAUGAAGUACCCAAGAAAGCAUCUGCUUGUGUAUGAAACAUCUGGAGCUGCUACAGAAUCUCCAGUCUGUAUGCCACAACUGGUCAAGCUUUCUACAGAAUUAAGCCACAACUGGUCAAGCUUUUUAUAAAAUUAAGCAUGCCUGUACAGGAUCAUCGAAAAUCACAUUCUUGCUCUACCAUCUGUCAAAAACUGGGAAGAACAUACUUAAGGUUUAAAAAACCCUACUGUUACACUUACCUACAUAGAACCAGUACAAGAAAUUUGGCAGUCUACUGUCUGAUUAUUCUUUGAACAUCCUUGAUGUCCUACUUGUACCAAAAAAUCAGUCAGAAUUAUUUAGAUUCUAUUCUAUAUUCAUUGAUAGAACUACAUUCUAUUUCUGGAUUAAAAAAACCAAAAAAUACCCCCACAGCCAAGUUGCCAAGUGAGCAACUCAUGGAUUUGAGUAUAUUUAUCAGCAUUGUAAGGAUGUUGUAAUCAAGUCACGUUCAGAUUAGGAAUGACAUCAAAUCUACUGUUAACGCCUCCCUUCCUCUUCAUUCUUACAAAAUUUAAAAAAUCCGUUCCAUCUUAAUUCAGAAAUCCUAAAGCUACAGUUACAAAAAACCACAGAGGUCUCAGACUGGACUGCAGCUCUCAGAAGACCAAGAGUACCAGUUUUAACAGGAAGAAGGAUAAGUGGAAAGAAGUUUCCCAGCAGGUUUUUUUUUACAUUGACAUAUUGAAGUAGCAUCAUGGUCCAGAAGGGUUUCAGUGGUUGUCCUUAGAGUCCAUUAUUAUUCAUAGUGUUUUUCCACCCACACUAGUAAUUUAUCAGAUUAUUCUGAUGAAAUAUUUCAAAUGGGCACUGUGGGGGGAAAAAAGAAAAUUGAAAUGGCUGCACAGACUGAAGUCUACAGUUUUUUUUAAAAACGUAUAUGGUACAGGAUCUGUCAUAGAAGUUAUCCCAGAAAAGUCUGCAUGUGCACUGUGAAUAACUUUCUAUUUUCCAUGUCUCUGGGGAGAAGACAGUAUUCCAGAUGAAUAUUAAAAAAAAAAAUUACAAAUUUCUUAUAAGUGUUCCCUCCAAAAUAUUAGGAAGAUCUUUUGUUUCAUACCAAAGGCUUCUCUAACAGAGUCUCAAGGAGGCAGGCAGGAUUCCAGAAACAUGGCUACCCUCCAGCAGGCAAGCCAGAUAGCCUGCUUUUAGGGUGAUUCACACACUGUUUCACAGGCAUUCCCUGUACACUGCCUAUAAUAUGCACCACAGAUUUAAGGACACACUGCUGAAAGGAUCUAUAGCUAGGACUGGAGUCCUCACAUUUAACAGCCAAUAAAGCAGUAUUAACAAGCAGUCAGGUGUGUCCGUUUUCCCACUCAGCAGAAUUGCUGCUCAGCUAGAUGUGAAGAGUAGCAUGUAAUGUGUCCUGAUAUUUCUCCAGGCCUAAUGGAUUUCUAAUUGCUCAUUAGCCCCAGAAGAUUUGCUAAAGCAAACACAAAGACAGCUGGAGACACAGUCUCUAAAAUGAGUGCAAGACAACCUUUCUGAACAAAAUACUUAGUUCUCUUCAAAAUCUACUGGAAGACAAGCAAAGUAAUAAAAAUUAACAACAACAUCUUAUGAAGCAGAAGUUCUAAUAACUCAUGAAUAAUAUACCACAAAGUUCAGUUAUUCAGAAUAAUACUGCCCUUCAUGUUGAAAGCAGAACAGCUUUGCUUCCUCUGGAAUAUCUUCACAGAUACUCCAUUCUAGUGGGAUUUAGAUCUUUCAAAAACCAUCCCAAGUACCAUAUGAAUGAGACAGUAUGCACUUUCCUUCAGUGACCAGCGAGGCAAUUCUUUUAUGGCCAUCCUACAGGCAAUCUUAUGUUCACAUGCUUUCUUUCCUCAUGAUUAUCAGAAACAUAAUACAAGCCUAACUGGACUGGAGACCAGACUGAGGAACAGUAAUCUUUAUGCUCAGAGCUGGAGAAGGGAUAAUGAAGCUCUAGAACGAGCAGGGUCAGAUGACUAUUGAGCAGAGGAGUUUGAUCUGGCAACAGUUCACUCAGUAAAGAGAAAAAUCUAGAGCUAUGAAAAAAAGACUAUUUCUAUCUGUGCUUAAAUGAAUGCAUUUUUCCUCCUGACACACUUCUAUCAACAACUCCAAGAUGUCCAUCUUUCCCAACACUAUCUUAACACAGACCAAGCAGUUUGGUACCCACAGUCACAGUCCCAGUGAGGGAAGUUCUAGCAAUUAAUAACUGCUUCAUUCUCACAAGAGAAUACUCAAGCAAAGCCAGACCUACCUAUGAAAAUGUGUUACCUAGUCUGCAAUAAAAAAGUCACAAGAACUGUUUCAAUGGAA